UUGGUUUCAACAGUACUCGGGGUUCAUAUGUAACCAUUGGUUUGGAACACUUCGAAGACUAGGUUUGGUCAGAUCUUCUAUCUUCCAAUUUCCCGUCAUAACUUAAUAACUUACAGAAUGACUGCUAGAUUGACAGUACCCUAUCUAUUCUGCAAGUAUAUUAGAAAGACCUUUAUCCUAUCUUACGAAUUUUAUGGUAAUUGUCAAGAAAGAGGCUGCAAGGGUGCGCUAGCAUUCUUCUAGUCUAAUAUAAAGGUUAGGGGACUCUAUCAUGAUCUUAUGAAGCUACAUCUUUACUAAGCAAGACUCUAUCCAGAUCUAAAGAAUCUGCCACAGAUCCUUCUUCUAAGUAGGAGAGUAAGCAAGUAACCGGAAACAAAGCUUUCGGCUGCCCCUUUAGAUUUCAAAUUCCUUUUCUUAGGGAAGAUUACAGGAGUGGUUCACUCGGCAUCAUUCUUGCAUGAUUAGAAGAAGCUCAUUCAUUCUCCAGCAUAUCACUUUGUUUGUGCAGCGCAUACAAUCUCCGCUUUCCUACCAGGCCUAGCUUCUGUCCCUAUUGAUCUUGAGGUCAAAACCUUAGCAAUCAAUUUCUCUAUCCUGUAAUUAUGCCAGUGAAGGUUCCAAAAAAGGGAGAAGAUUAUUAGUUAAGGGAAACGAGCCAUGAUCAUGAUCGUGAAGUGGAAAGAACGUGCUGACCAAAUCAAAUGGCAACCGCUUCCUUCCUUUGGAAAGGUUGCUGAAGCUAAGUGCAUGUAUCAUGCAAUCCAAAAAAACCACUUCACAUUUGAUACAAGUUGGGAAAUUUGCGCCAAAGUUAUAAGUCGAAUGAAACUAGAACACAAGGCAAGAAACCCACACCACCAGCGAAUCCAUAUUCGACUCCAGCAACUGAAGGUGAGGUGUCGGAACCCAACAACAAUAUAUUUGGACCAACAACGGAGUAGUACAUCAACACGACCAAUUGGUACUAAGGCUGCGAAAGAUAAGUUGAAGAAACAAGCAAGUCACGAUGUUAGGUUUGAUGAAAUGGUAGUCAACUAGUCUAAAAUUGUUGAAGUAUUGUCAACUAUGUCCUCUAGAAGUGUUGAUCGAGAUGAACAAAAGGCGAUAGAAUAUAAACAAAAGGCAAUAGAACGUCGAAGAAAGGCAGAAAACAUGGAGGAACAACUGAAAAUAUUAUCUAUGAUGAAUGAAAGAGAACAAUGAAAUGAGGAACAUAAAAUAAUGUCAAUGGAUAUGACCAAUUUAAAUCCUAUGCAAAUGUCUUACUAUGAAGAGCUUCAAAUCUUAUUUCAAUCAACAAAUAGAUUUGCUUGAUUGUUUUAUGAAGACCGCUUUUUUUAGCCCAAUUAGUUUCACAUCAGUUUUCAUAUUUGUUUGUUUAAUGUAUUAUUGUUUUAGUAAUUGAAUGUUCUGA